GAUCUCCUAAAAGAAGCCAUGGGAACUCAUCACAUCCAGGGUUUGCUGUUCCUCUUUCUCCUAGGAGCCUCACUCUUGACUUUGGCACAAAAUUUGUACUGUCACAAGGGUAUAUCAAUGAGUAUAAAAGAGGAUAACAGCAGUGCAUUUAACUGGACCUCAGAGAAAGUUGAGACUUGUGACAAUAACGCACUUUGCCAGGAAUCUGUGCUGAUGAUUAAAUCAGGGGCCAAGGCAGCAGUGUUUGUCACUAAGAGCUGCGUCUCCGAAGGGAUACCGUCCAUAACAUUUGCCCAGCACUCUCCACCCCCCGGCAUCGUUGCAGUCUCCUACAGUAACUACUGUGAGGAUUCCCUUUGCAACAACAAAAGUGACUUACCCAACUUUUUAUGGGAUUCAAAUUUGCCCUCAGUUUCCAAAGCAUCAACAACCCUCCGUUGCCCAACCUGUGUGGCUUUGGGGAACUGUUUGAGUGCACCUUCUCUUCUCUGUCCCAAUGGUACAACUCGAUGCUAUCAAGGAAGACUUGAGAUCAUUGGAGGAGACUUCGACUCAACUUUGGAGGUCAAAGGUUGUACAUCUGUAAUUGGUUGCAGGCUGAUGUCUGGGAUCUUAACAGUAGGACCCAUGUGGGUGAAGGAAAUGUGUCCAUACCAGUCUCUCAUUCAACCCCGAAAGAUUAAAAAUGGGGCCACCUGGCUUCUCAUUUCAAUUAGGAAGUUAGAGCUACUACUGCUGCUGUUGCUGCAAUUGCUUGUCCAUUGUUCCUGACGAGACACAUUUGUCCCAGGUGACAGGACACUCUUUUGACUGGGAGCCUUCUGACUCCUGGUCGUG